UACUACUCCAAGUGUGCUGGGGAAAACCAGUCCCCUGUGAAUAUUGUCGUAGGGAACAGCCUGUACGACACGACCAUCGGAAGUUUCAGCUUCAAAAACUAUGACAGCAUCGUGGGUCUGACAAUGGUAUUGAAGAACAAUGGCCACACAGCACAAGUGGAUAUCACUAAAGGAGAUGUCCUCAUUUCUGGAGCCGGUCUACCAGAUACUUACAAAGCAGCGCAGCUACACAUUCACUGGGGUUCUACAGACAUGAUAGGAUCAGAGCAUACCCUGGACAGUCGGACCUAUCCUAUGGAGGUUCACAUUGUCCACUUCCGAACAUCGCUUGGGCAACUGAAGGAUGCCGCCUCUGUUCCGGACGGACUGGCUGUUCUUGGCUUUUUCUUUGAGGUCUCAGCUUUAGAUAACCCAGCACUGAAGCCCAUAAUUGAUCAACUGAAACGUAUUGAAAUCCCAGAUACCAGUACACAGUUAAAGGCCUUCAGACUCAAUUCCGUUCUUCCUCAAGACAAGGGGAAAUUCUUCCGCUACAGCGGCAGCCUAACAACCCCUCGGUGUUUUGAGACAGUCAUCUGGUCAGUUUUCAAUGACACCAUCAAAAUAUCGAAGUCCCAGCUGGCUGCCUUCAGAAGGCUAAAGUCAUCAGAGAAGGAUGCAGCUGGAGUUAGGCUUCAGCUAGUAAACAACUUCAGACCAGUGCAAAAUCUGAACUCCAGACUCGUCCGGAAUAAUUUCAUUGCACAUCACUGGUACAAGGACUUCCCCAUCUGUAAGGACAAACCCACAAGCCGACAGUCACCUAUUAACCUCGAAACUGAGAAAGUCCAAUACAAAUACAUCAAACCUUUCAUUUACUAUAAUUAUACUUCUGUUGCCGGUGUCAGGGUGGAACUGAAGAACAACGGUCACGCGGCUCAAAUUGACAUCACUGCCGGCAAUUUUCACAUUUUUGGAGGCGGGCUGCAGAACCCAUACAAGGCGGCACAGCUGCACUUCCACUGGGGAGGGGACAACACACGUGGUUCCGAACAUUUGAUCGAUAAUCAAGCUUAUCCAAUGGAGGUGCAUAUUGUACACUACAACACCAUCUAUCCAGACCUGACAACUGCUGUCUCCAAGUCCGAUGGUUUAGCUGUUCUUGGAUUUAUGUAUGAGUUGACAGAGGAAUCUAAUCCAGCGUAUGAUGUUCUUGUGCAGAAACUCAAUGACAUCCGCUCUCCAAACACAGCGGUCAGUAUUCAAGCUAUUGAUGUGGCCAAACUCCUACCUUCAGAAAUGGGAUUUUUCUACCGGUAUGAAGGGAGUCUGACCACCCCUGCAUGCUAUGAGUCUGUCACCUGGUCGGUCUUCCGCAACACCAUCAAGAUCUCUGAAAAACAACUGAACGCAUUCCGCCUUCUGAUUUCGUCAGACAUUGACCCAAAAACCAACAGGUACAUUCCACUGAUGGAUAACUACAGGCCGACAAUGAAAAUUAACAAACGUGUUGUCCUAGCCAACUUCAUUCUUUCUCAUGGUAAACGUUUUGCCUAUAACGGCGGUUCUUCUUGUCUCUUUUCAGGCAACAUUGCAAAUGUUUCUUUUUUGAUCUUUUUCGUCAUUUCUGUUGAAAAAACACGAGCCUGA